CAAAGACGAACAGGGAAAGAGCGCACAUAAAGCGGAUGUUGUUUUUCUUAUCAAGGCGCUGAAGUGGGCUCAUAGUGAAGUGGAAUCCACAGGUCUCCAUGUCUCCGUGAAGAAGCCCAGGGAUUUGCUGUGGAAACAAAGCACCGCUGUCUCGCAAGCAGAAACACAGGAAGACGGACAGCUAAAUCCCUUUUUGGAUAUCUCGCCGUCUUACUGAAAGAUUACUGUAACGGAGGCCCAUCUCUCGACCCUCGCGCUUGAGCUCCGAGUAUGAGAACGUUUACGAGGGCUCUUGUUCUCACGCUCUCACUUCUCUUACUCUCAGUCCGAGUGAGCCAGCCGGUGUGUGUGGAGGGGCUGUCGGACACGGAGGCGGUGCUGGGCAAGCCCAUGAAACUGACCUGCAUCUCCUGCCUCAAGAGGGAGGACAUCAAGUCUGUCACACGCGUCACCUGGUACUACCAGCCCCGCCAUGACCAGUCUGUCCCGAUCUAUGAGUAUGCGGACGGUCCGAGGGAGCUGGAGAGCUGGUUUAAGGGUCGUCUGCAGUGGUUGGGUAGUAAGGACCUGCAGGAUUUGUCCCUCCGCAUCACCAACGUCACCCUUAACGACUCGGGCUCCUACGUGUGCGAGGUGUUCCGCCAGUUCGAGUUCGACUUCUUCACGCCCUCCACGGAGAACCGCAGGGUCAUCCCGCUGGUGGUCAAGAAGACAGCCACUCGUGACCCGACGGCGCUCUACUCGGAGGUGAUGAUGUACUUGCUGCUCAUCUUCCUGACGCUGUGGCUCCUGGUGGAGAUGGUCUACUGCUACCGCAAGAUCUCCAAGACAGAUGAGGCACAGGCACAGGACGCCGUGUACUCCUGAGAAGCAGGGAGAAGCCAGCGAAACGCAAAACACUGCCACGCCCUCCACCGUCUUUCCUCGUGAAGAUAUGUGUCUUAUGCCACCUCCUCCACCUUCUCCUCCUCCUAAAGAUCUGCCACUGAAGCGUCUGAUGCCAAGUCCGCUCCUAGAGAUCUGUCUCACACCUCCUGCUCCGCUCGUGAAGAUAUUUGUCUGAUGCCUUCUCCUGCUCUCUCCUGAAGAUAUUUAU